AUGAAUGUUCGGCAAAAUAUCAACUUCCUGUUCGAAUUUCUGCGGGAGAUGCUGACCAUUGACCCGGAGAAAACCAUGGUAGAAUACCUAUUUCAAAUGGGCGAUCACGGCCCAACUCCAUGGCAAUCGAAAGGCGUUGCUGCCGCUGUGAUGACAUUGCGCCAGCUACUGCCCAAGGACUAUCUUGCUCAGGCAAAGCAGGUUCCCGCAACGCUCUACUUUGAAGAUAUAUUCGGAUCUGCGAGUGUAGCGAAGGGCUUGAAUAUUCUAGUGGUCAUAAGUUCGUUCGGCGAUAUGCUUGCAGUCAUGCUGCUGGACAUGUCUCGUGUGAUUCAGGAAUGCGGCAGGCAAGGGGCUAUACUCAUCAUGAUCAUUGCACCUCCUGCAAGAGAUGAUUUCAAUUCCGCUGUCGACCUCCGGAUUAUCCCAGAAUCGUUCUUCGACUUGCUCAUGGGUGUCGGUCUCCUGAUAAUUCGGCGGCGUCAUAAGCGUCUAGGGCUGCCUGCCCGAACCUACAGAGCUUGGGAUAUUGCAGUCUACUUCAACAUUCUGAAAAACGUCUAUCUACUUGUUAUGCCGUGGUACCUACCAGAUGGCAGUGCUAGAGCUGGCGAAGUGAGCUUCUGGCAUGCAUCGUAUGCUGCAACUGGAGUCGGAAUGUGA